AUGAGUUCUAAUCUUUCCAAUGACACUUUUUUGAGAUGGGAUCCAGCACAAGUGUCUAGCUUCGUCAGUUCAAUAUUACCUGAAGAUGAGAAACACUCAAGUGUGUACUUUUUGGACCAUAAUAUAGAAGGCUCCCAAUUACCAUUUUUAACUACAGAGCAUCUCAAAGAAAUUGGUAUUGGGAGUCUAAGUACGAGACUUCAGUUGAAAAAAGGGAUUUCGGAACUCAUUGAGACUCAUUAUCAAACGAGAUCACCUUCUUCGCUACAUGAUAUUGAAUACCAAUUGCAUAACGUCAACAUUAAUAAUAACUAUGUGAAUGUGGAAUCUUUGAAGCUAGCGACUAUUUUGAUGAAGGAUAUGAUCAAGAAGCUUGGUGAUGUUGUACAACAGAGGAUGUCGAACGAACCCUCUCCCAUUUCUCCAACCCAGCAUCAAGAUAUGAAGAGAUUGAACGAUAAUUUUAAUAAAUUAAAAACCGACUUGAUACCAGUCAUAAAGCAAUUGAAGGAGUCAAAACCUUUGCCUACGCCCACACUUGAUCCAGGGUCGAAAGUGAAUGCUGUAGAAUCGCCAACUUUCUCUUUUCUUGCACAUAAUUUGAUGGAAUCGAGUGAUGAUGCACCCAUUAGUGAUCCACACUUAUCAGGUGGCUCAGGUAAGUCAAAUUUGGGACGAAGUAACACUAUAGCUUCAUCAAGUACAUCAGCUUCCAAUGGGAAUACUACCAUUCCUAGUCCAACUUUUUCCAACAGAUCAUCUUCAGGCACGUUUUUAUCAAUGGGUUCUGGAAUGCUAGUACAGCAAGCAGUUACAGGUUCCCUGGGAGCUGGUAACAGACCAAGAGGAGACUCACUUGGUCAAAGGGGAACAAUGUCGGCAAGUUCAUCAUCAAGAACCCUUAAUAGACCCCGACUAGUAGAGUCUAAAUCCGCAAAUAUUCCUACAGGGCACACAUUGCGUCCGCUUGGCUCUUUGUCUAAUACUCACAACGUAUCACAGCCACAACUGUCUUCAACAACGGGAGGAAGCACGGAGCCAUUGAAGCAAUUGAGAGCAUCUUCAGAUGACUCUUGUCUCAAGAUACUUCAACAGGCAAUGAAACGCCAUCGUAUCCCUCGCAAUGACUGGUCCAAAUAUGUGCUUGUGAUAUGUUACGGUAACAAAGAAAGAAUAUUGAAAUUGGCAGAGCGUCCGGUGAUCAUUUUCAAGGAACUUCAGGAGCUUGGGAAGCACCCGGCCAUAAUGCUUCGUCAACUCGCUACAGAUCCUUCUAUGGAGGAUGACUCCAACUUAUACGAAAACUCAAGAAUAGUCGAGGAUAUUCCAGGAGGGACGCUCUAA